CCAGCAUCAUCAAGACUUGCCACUCUUUCAAGAUCCUAACGUGCUUUUUGCAUAUGCGCCACCGCUUUUAACAGACUUUUCCUUACGCAGUCUUUAGCAACGUGACUCAGAAUACAGAAGGCGCAAACUCCGGCCGCUCGCAAGCUCGGGCCCGUUUCCUCGAUCCAUUAAUAAAGGUCUCGGCUGCCCACCACCAGCCGCAAUGGCCUCCCCAACCGCACACUCCCCUCCGCACACGUCGCACAUCCAACUAGCAAACAUCAAUACAAUGACCUCCAACAAGAAGCGCGCCUCGGAAGGCGCCGCGCCGCCGGCUCUGAAGCGUAGGGCGAUUUCGACGCCGUCCGGUCCCGGAUCGGCCCACCCGCUGCGGCAAACCUCGUUCCCUCCGGAUGAUGCGGGCACCCCGUAUGGGCCCAUGUCCCCCUCAUCCAUCGCCGAUGUCGACGCCAUGAGCACGGUCAGCGGCAGCCUGGUCAACGCCGCCGCGCCGGUUAAGAAGAAGCGCGGCCGGAAGUCUAAGGCAGAGAAGGCGCGCGAACAGACGCCGUCGGUGGUCGGCGGACGGGCACCCACGGCGAUUAGUGGCGUCAGUGAGGGCGGCGGCCGGGGAACGAAGAGCGUGUCCGGUGCGGCGGGCGGCGCCGGAGACGAGGAUGGCGAAGGCGACGACGAAGGCCCAACCGAGGUAGCCGCUACGGCAGAUAUUCAGACGAAGGAGCAAAAGGAGGAGGAGCACCGUAAGAGGCAGAUGCUCAUCAGCGCCCUGUCGGAGGAGCAGUUUGAUAGAUAUGAGAAUUGGCGUGCCGGCAACCUGAGUAAGGCAUCGGUGAGAAGGCUCAUUAAUGCGACCACCUCACAGUCAGUUCCCGAAAAUGUCGUGAUCACAAUGCGGGCGGUCUCUAAGGUAUUCAUUGGCGAUAUCAUCGAGGGUGCGCGUCGGGUGCAGGGCGAGUGGAUCAAAAAUGGCGAGAAGCAGACGGACCUUCCGGCAGAUCAGAUGCCCGGCCAGACGCUGGCUCAAUCCUCUUCCCAGGCCCAGUCGGCCGCCCAGACCGAAUCUCCUGCCCAGGCGACACCCGAUUCAGCGAGCAAAGCGGAUACACAAGAACAGCCGCCGCCGCCGCAGCAGCACCGGCAAGAGACCGAUGACAGGCGGGGUCCCCUGCGGCCGGACCAUCUACGAGAAGCCAUUCGGCGCUAUCGAGUCAGCGGUGAGGGCGGCGGGGUCGGCAUGCAACGGAUCUUUCACCAACAGCAGCAGGGCGGAGCGGAGAGAUUCCCCAUGCGGACUGGAGGAUACAGGAUAUUCCGUUGACGAUGGGCAG